AUGCCUCCAUAUGGCCAGAUCGUCAUUGGACCCCCAGGAGCGGGAAAGUCCACAUACUGUUCUGGAAUGAAUCAGUUCCUCAACUCUAUAGGAAGACAUUCCAUGAUAGUGAAUCUGGACCCUGCCAACGAUAGAUUGCCGUAUGAGGCAGCCAUAGAUAUUCGUGAUUACAUCACGUUGGAGGAGAUCAUGGAGGUCGAGGGGCUGGGCCCAAAUGGUGGAAUGGUGUAUGCCCUGGAAGUGUUCGAAGAACAGCUUGACGACUUCUUGAAGAGAAUACGAGGACUCAUCGACCUGAACAAAAAAAGCUCGUCGUGCUACCUGAUAUUUGACUCACCAGGUCAGGUCGAGCUUUUCACCAAUCAUCACGUGUUCAACAAUAUCUACGCGCGACUCGUCAAAGAGUUGGACUUUAGGAUGUGUGUGGUGAAUCUAGUGGAUUCCAACAACAUCCUCAAGCCUUCACUUUAUAUAAGCAUUUUGCUGCUCUCACUACGAGCGAUGUUGCAAAUGGACCUUCCUCAAGUGAAUGUGCUGAGCAAAAUCGACAUGCUGAAGCAAUUUGUGGAGCAUGAACCAUUGCCGUUUGAUCUCAACUACUAUACCGAAGUGCAGAAUCUCAACUACCUUAUACCGCACAUAGAAACCGAGGAAAACAACCCAAGAGCGAGAUUCUUCAAGCAGAAACAUUUAAAAUUGUCUGAGCUGAUUGCAGAGAUGGUCGAGGACUAUAAUCUGAUUCAGUUUGAGGUUUUGAGCAUCGAAGAUAAAAACUCCAUGAUUAAUCUUUUGUCACUGAUUGACAAGUCCAACGGAUAUGCCUUCGGAAAUGAGUUAGGAGGGGACUCGAUAUGGCAAGAUGCCAUCAGACAAUCAUCAACUGGAUACAUGCAAGAGAUCGAUAUCCAAGAAAGAUGGAUAGAUCACAAGGAUGAGUGGGAUCAACUGGAGGCCGAGAAGCGUAAAGAGUUGAUUGAGCAAAUGAACAAAGAGGAUGAGGCCUUGAACAGGCCUCUUGGCGAAGAUGAAGAAUGGGAAAUGGCACUCAAACAAUGGGAGGAAUCUACUGGCAAGAGUUUUUUGAAGCAAUAA